UCAUAGGCCUGCCAUACCAUUACUAAUGAGGACAGUUAUCUCAAUUAAAUAGACAUACAACUAUGGCUUUAAGUAAAAUAUCUGAUAGUCAUUAUGAUCAUAUGAUUAAUCAAAUUGGACAUGGAGCUAAACUCAUAGGUGAUGGCACUUAUGGGAAAGUUUAUAAAGUUGGAUACCGUAGACGGAUAAGCCAGAAAUGGUAUGCCAUGAAAGUUGUCGAAGUUGCCGAAAUUACCGAAGAAAACCGACAAUCGUUAAGUGAUUUGAUAUCAGAGAUCAGCCGAUUGGAAUUGGCCUCACAGGGCAACAGUAGCCGCUAUGUUGUCGGCUAUUAUGGACAUCGGAUGAAAAUCAUACGUGAAAAUAAUGGCCAAACCUACGAACAAAUUUAUGUUUUACAAGAGUUAUGUACCGGCAAUCUGGACAAAGCAAUGGACGCUAUACGGGAAAUAUUUGGCCGCAGUUGCGGUAAAUGUCUCGGUAGUGGUGGUGAUGGCGGUAGUGGUAGUGAUCGUUGUUUUGGUUUCGGUGUCGGUGUCGCUCUCAGUCUCGGUCGCGGUCUAGGUCUCGGUAGCGGUCUAGGUCUCGGUAGCGGUGGCCACCACCACCCGCAGCAGCAGCCAAUGGACAAACUAGAAUACUAUACAACGGCCGCCGCAUUCGAGGCACUGCUGAAAGCCGUCGCACACAUACACCAACUAACACCCCGGCCAGUCAUACACCGUGAUCUUAAACCGGACAAUUUAUUGGUCGACUUGCGGGGCUUUAUUCACGGCGACGGCUAUAUAAAACUAUGCGAUUUCGGUUGGGCCACUAGCGAUAGUGGCCAAAGUAAACGGCCCGAAGGUGCCGGUAUCAACUACUAUACGGCACCCGAAAUUCUCAGCCAACUCAAGGCUGGUAUUUACGGCCAGGACAUUGACUAUGAUUAUCGGUCCGAUAUAUUCAGUGUUUCGGUAAUUGGUUGCAAAAUGUUUGGUUUGGUCAGCGAUGUAUCGGAAGUGGACAAAAUGUUUGCCGAAAAUGAUAUAACAUGUUUGGACGGUUUGGUUACACCAGAAUGUCGACCACUGUUGCUGAGGACGUACCGAUGUUUGCGUCAAAUGCAUAGCUCGGAUCCGGAUAUCAGGCCAGACUGCUCGACGAUGCUCGAAGAUUAUGGGAACUGGAAUUUCCGACGGAACGAUAUAAUGCCUAUUAUGCAGACAAUGGUUAACCAGUAUUUCGGUUUACCCCUCGACCGGACACACGACUGGCUGAGUAUAACGACGCUGUUGGGCGGCGUAGCCGUUACGACCAGUUUGACUGAUUUAGUCAAAUCGAUGUCCGAUAAAUUUAGUUCAUUAUUUAGUAGUAGUAGUGCUAAUAAUAAUAACGACAAAUCAUGCGAUACGGAUAUCUAUUGUCGGUGUCAUCAUCGGCAACAAUGGUCGCAACAGGAGUUAGAUAAUGUCAAACGUUAUCUACAGUACCGGUUCUACUAUGAAUCGGGUGUCCGACCGGUCCGACCGCCCUGUAAGUCGCUAUACAUACAAAAAGAUUGGAAAUGUUUGUCCGCGGAUGAACGUCACCGGUUUAUCCGAUCCAUACGUCAACUAUAUAGUCGGGGUAUUGUCCAGUCGUAUAGUGAACUACAUAAUCGCUGGUGGACUGCCUGGCAUAAGACAUACGAGUUCAAUGAGUUUCAUCGGGCCUUCAAUCUGGCCAUUGAACGUGAACUGUGGAAACUGGAUCCGACAUUAUCGGGUCUACCCUAUUGGAAUUAUGCGAACGAUUUUGCCGAACCCUGGAAAUCGUGCGUUUGGCGUGACUUGGGUUGGGCCGGCCAUUACAAGGAUGGCUACUGUGUGGGCACUGGUAGCCUAUUUGACAAUCUAACUAUCAACUACCAGCCCCGGUGUGUGAAACGUGAAUGGUCAUCGGAUAAUACGGUCGCGCCAUUUUCGGCGGGUGAACUAGAGGCCAGUUGGAUGCAAUCCAAUCCAAGUGUCUAUCAGGGACUGAUUGGAUUACAGGGACUACACUUUUUCAUACACUUGAGCAUUGCUGGCUGGCACGGGGAUAAAAGUCUACCGUUUGCACCCAAUGAGUAG